CAAGAGCAGACUGCUUGUUAACAUGGAGAUCUCUCAAAUGGUGUUCUGGACAAUAUUUCUAAUAUCGGCGGUGGUCGGCAGUGAUGAAUCUGAACGCUAUACGACCUGUGCUCCAGAGAAACACUGUGUGCCUUACGAUUUGUGCUAUGAUGGCAUCUCUGUGGAUGGUAAUUUUUAUCCCGAUCGCAGUCGGACGCUUCUCGAUGAGCAGCAUUGUCACUAUAUGGAAAAAUGUUGCAAUAUAACUGAACCGCUUCCGGAUACAAGAAUUUAUAAAUACAAUGAUUCUAUGAUGACACUUCAACAUUGUGGUUCUCGUUUGGAUCUAUGGCUCCAUUUGCGUCCGUUGGGCUACAAGAAGCGGGAGGCCAAAUUUGCCGAGUUUCCCUGGCUGGUGGCCAUCUAUCGCGCCAAUGGAUAUUUAUGCAGUGGUGCUCUAAUCACACCACAUGCAGUUCUAACCGCUGCACACUGUGUACAGAACGAUGCCGCAUCCGAUUUGCAUUUGGUGGCCGGCGAGUGGGAUGCGGCGGUGCAGUUAGAACCAUUGACGCAUCAGGAACGUGCAGUGGCCGAUUUGGUGCUGCAUCCAAACUACACCCAAUCGCCCUCAGGUCACAAUAUAGCGUUGCUGCUGCUCCAUCCGGAAUCGCCCUUUGAGCUGGCUCCGCACGUGCAAGUCAUUUGCCUGCCGCCGCCGCAAUUCAUCUACAACUUCAGUCAGUGCUAUGUGGCAGGCUGGCGACGCGCCGACUUCAAUGGCAACGAGACGCUGCCGAAGCGUUCGCCACUCUUCGUCCUACCCCGGGAUCAGUGUGCAUCGAAACUGCGCUUGGCAAUAUUGGGUCGUCGCUAUGCGCUCAAUGAUACGCUGCUCUGCACCGGCGGCGACAAGGACGAUUUCGUUUGUGGCGAUAUGGGCGCCAUUCCCCUCAUGUGUCCAUUGCCUGGCAGCGAUGAUCGGUUUAUGCUCGCCGGACUGCUGGCACGUGCGACCCGCUGCGAUGCUCCCCAACUGUUGGGCAUCUACUCGAACAUCAAGUUCUACAGGCGCUGGAUAGAUCACAAGCUGAGAGAACGAGAUCUGGACAUUAGACAAUAUAUGUUGUAAGGCAGAUUAAGCGAUGACUAAACGAGUAAGCAUGCUCAAGUCGAGAGAGCUCGCUGUCCCUUUCUUAAUAUAUAUAUAUAUAUAGUAUAACUUUAGAGUUGAUCAACAUUAUCACUAAGUGUAUUAAAUAAUUGUUGGAAAGUUA